CAAAAGUGUAAAUUGUUUUAAUAUUAUAGUGUAUGUGGUAAUUGAAUAUGUUGUUGAGUGCGCAAAAUAAAUCAAUAUAUUCUCGUAAUUAUGGAUAUUGAUAGUGGAAGGUCUAAUUUAAAAAUUUGGUUUAUACUAAUAUGGCUUAUGAUAAAUUGCACAAACGCUUUAAUUCCAAGAGCGUUGAUUAACAAAACGAAAAACAUAAUACCUGAUUACUACAUCAAAGAGUUACGACCACCGACUUCAAGAGGACGCCCCAUAGAAGUUGAUUUUAGUAUGAGAGUAAUGGAUAUUAACUCAAUAAAUGUUGAAGACAUGGAUUUUCGUAUGGACAUGUUCCUUAAACAAGAAUGGGUUGAUGCCCGUAUUAAAAUCCCAGAAGAACUAUUUGAAUAUGGAGAUGAUUCAAUCACUUUACCAUCGCAAUUUUUUGAUAAUCUAUGGCAACCUGAUUUGUAUUUUUUAAACUCCAAAGUAGUGGAAAUCGCAACUUUAACACACAAAUUUUCGUCUGUUACUCUAUACAAAAAUAAAACAAUUAAAUAUGCAGCUAGAAUGCAUGCUAUUGUGGCCUGUCAAAUGGAAUUUCAACAUUAUCCCAUGGAUACACAAUUGUGUCCUAUAAGUAUUGAAAGUUUUUCAUACAAUAACGAAAAAAUGAAUUUAAAAUGGUCAUCCACAGGAGUAACAGUUAGUCCUGAAUUAAAAUUAUUGCAGUAUAACAUACUGCCGAUAGAUUUGCAGGAAAAAAAUGUUUACACAGGAGAAAAAAAUGGUAAUUUCUCUAGGCUAGUAGUAAAUUUUCGUUUUGAAAGACAAAUUGGACACCACUUGAUUCAAACAUUCGCCCCAUCAACUUUAGUAGUUGUUUUAUCAUGGUUUAGUUUUUGGCUAGGUUUGGACGCUAUUCCUGGAAGAAUGACCCUUUUGGUCACGUGUCUUUUGACAUUGGUUACCAUGUUUACUGGGUUGAGAUCAGACAUUCCUGCAGUUGCAUACAUCAAGGCAUUGGAUUUGUGGAUGGCAGGAUGCAUGAUUUCGGUCUUUGCCGCCUUAGCAGAAUUUGUAAUUGUGAAAGUUUUAAAUGCAAAAUAUCAAACAAGGAAAACAAAAGAUAAAACUAUCGCUAUGGAAACUGCUAUAGCUCCUUGGUCAGGAAACACCACAAAGCACAGUUUUAGUGUUCCCAAGCAAAAUUUUCUUAAACUUUAUUGGAAAACGAAAAAAGGCAAAGAAAAGGUUUUGUGGAGAGAAAUUGAUAGAUAUUCCAGAAUUAUAUUUCCAGCUUUAUUUUUUAUAUUCUGUGGACUAUAUUGGACCAUAUUACUUAUAGGAACCACACCAGUUUUAAUUUAAUUUAAUUAAUAGUACUUUUGUUAGACAGGGAAUAAUAGUUAAAAGUUUCACUUUAGUCACUUUAACUUACUUUUACAUUAUAGUACUGAAAUACAAGUUUUAUCUAUUAAGAUAUACGUAAAUACUCACGAUAAUAAUGUUCAUUUUUCUAUAUGUGAUUGUAGGUGCAAACAACUUUCAACUAAUAGUCCUUGUAUUUUAUUUUGUAUGGUAAAUAAAACAAAAUGUCAUUUUAAACUUUUACAUUUUAGUGAAUAACAGCCAAAUGUUUAAUUGCUAAUCAACAAUAAAUUUGAAUUACAUUUUUAAAUAACAUAAAUAUAUAUUUAAAUACUUAUAAGAGGAACACUAUGUUUUAUUUCUUUACAAAUAAUUAUAUUUGUAGGUUUUAAACAAAAAUUUUAACACUAUAGUUAAAUAAACAAUUUGAGCUAAUUUAAUAAUUUGAUUUACAUAUUAUUUACAUUAAAUAUCAUCUAUUAAAUAUGUUUUACUAUAAUGAAUUGCUUAAUGGAAUAUUAGAGUAUAAAGGCAUUAAUUAAAGUUUAGUAAACAUAAUUCUUAUUAGUAGAAAAAAUUUAAAAGUACCGAUAAGUAGUCCAAUGGCAGUGUAAAUAUACAAAGUAAACAACAAUAUAAAAGCUAUGGUAAUUGGAAAUUUACGGAAAAAAAUCAGGAGCUAUUCAUUAAAAACUGGACUACAUGCAAUAAAAAACAAUUUAAAAUAGUAUAACAGAAAAACUAAUAAUACUUAUAAAAAGUCUUAAUUUAGUGCAAUUGUGAUCAACUAACCGUAUAUAGACUAUGUACAUAAUUUUAACUAUAACUAUCAAUAAUUGCAAUCUAUCACAAAGACAUUAUCUCUAUAUUAUAGACCAUGGAGCCUACAGCUCCAUGAUAAAGACAUUAUUAUGGAAUAAAAUUUGUUAUUUGAUGAGAAAAGAUUUUUAUGAAAAAUGUUUGGACACGUUAAGUAGUUUUUUAUUCAAAAUCAUAUAUUUAUAAUUUUAAAUUGUUUGCCCCCAUUAUUCUCGCCCUACUUUUAAUUUUCGAGGGUUGUGAUUUAAUAUAAAUGUGCAUAAUGUGGUAGGGGGAAAAUGGUGGUAGCAAACAAUUUAAAAUUAUAAUUAUAAGAUUUUAAAUAAAAAACUAAAAUUUACGUGUUGAGCAUUUAUAAUAAAAAAAAUCUCAUCAAACAACGAAUUUUUUUCCAGAAGUGAGAAUCACACUGUAUAUUAUAGAGUCUAUAAUAUGUUUUGUUUUUGUGCCAGCAAAAUGCAAUAAAAACACGGUUCCUUAACCAAACACUUUUGAAGCAUUUAAGAAAAAAUAUUCGAAUAAUCACCAAAAAAUCACAAUAAAUGGAGGUUGCUAUAGUAUAGUACAUAUUUAAUAUGCAUUUCAAUAUCCCAACUCUUUUAUUCUUUCUUUUAGUCAUUCCCCUGUGUCCAGCCAUUUACUUUCUUCUACGAUUUUUUCAAAGCAGUCCAUUAAAAAGAAGUA